AAAAAGACAUUUUUGAACAAAUAUGCAUUUUUUUAUUUAGUUGUAUAGAAAGCACAGAAAAUAGGUGCACUGGAUACAGACUUUUGCACAUAGCCUGAGCAGCUGUAGGCCUAGAAAAAUCGUUUUCCAAUGAAACUUUUUUUUUAACCGAGUGUUCAAUGAAUAGUAUCAUUAACGCCUUCGGGUUAAGUUUCGUCGAUAGAAAGAGGCAUGAAACGAAACUUAACUUAAGUUUCCAUUUCUUUCACCCGGUUUGACCGUCACUGACAGCCGCAUCCGGCUCACAGUUUAGACACUGAAGCUCGCAGCUUGUCAGGGACAGAGCUCAGUGAGGACUUUCAUCCAGCAGUGUUGUUCAUUUUUAAAACAUCAUUUGUUUACAGGAAACAACAAAUAAUUAUCAUGAACUCUCUGAACCAACAGUAUGAGGAGAAGGUGCGUCCCUGCAUUGAUCUCAUUGACUCUCUUCGCUCUCUGGGUGUAGAGAAGGACUUGGCGCUGCCUGCUAUCGCCGUGAUUGGAGACCAAAGCUCAGGGAAGAGCUCUGUGCUGGAGGCGCUGUCAGGUGUGGCUCUGCCAAGAGGAAGUGGCAUUGUGACAAGAUGUCCUCUUGAACUGAAGAUGAAAAGAAAGAAAGAGGGAGAGGAGUGGUGUGGAAAGAUAAGUUACCAGGACUCUGAGGAAGAGAUAAAAGACCCUGCAGAUGUGGAGAAAAAGAUUUGUGAAGCUCAGGAUCAGAUGGCCGGGGUCGGGGUGGGGAUCAGUGAGGACCUCAUCAGUCUGGAGAUCGCCUCUCCUGAUGUUCCAGACCUGACACUCAUUGACCUGCCCGGCAUCGCGAGAGUGGCUGUGAAGGGACAACCAGAGAACAUUGGAGAUCAGAUAAAGAGACUGAUCCAGAAGUUCAUCACAAAACAAGAGACCAUCAGCUUGGUGGUUGUUCCAUGCAACGUGGACAUAGCAACCACAGAGGCUUUGAACAUGGCACAGCGAGUGGAUCCUGAUGGAGAGAGGACUUUGGGUAUCUUGACGAAACCUGAUCUAGUGGACAAAGGCACAGAAGAGACAGUGGUUGACAUUGUCCAUAAUGAGGUCAUCACACUGAAGAAGGGCUACAUGAUUGUCAGGUGCAGGGGUCAGAAGGAGAUCACAGAGAAGGUGUCUCUUACUGAAGCAAUAGAAAGAGAGAAAGCCUUCUUCAAAGAUCAUGUGUAUUUCCACACUCUUUACAAUGACGGUCUUGCUACUGUUCCUAAACUGGCUGAGAAACUCACCCUUGAGCUGGUGCAACAUAUUGAGAGAUCUCUGCCUCGACUGGAAGAGCAGAUAGAGGAGAAACUAGCACAGACUCAGGCAGAGCUGGAGAAAUAUGGCACUGGACCUCCAUCUGACGCAGGCGAGAGACUCGCCUUCCUCAUUGAUAAAGUGUCAGCAUUCAAUCAGGAUGCCCUCAGUCUGGCUACAGGCGAGGAACUCAAGUGUGGAGAAAGGCUCAAUGUCUUUUCUACACUCAGAAGAGAGUUUGGGAAGUGGAACGCCCACCUGGACCACUCAGGAGCAAAAUUUAAUAAAAGAAUUGAGAGAGAAGUGGAAGAAUAUGAAGCGAGGUACCGUGGAAGAGAACUGCCAGGCUUCAUCAACUACAAGACCUUUGAGAUCAUGGUCAAGGAGCAGAUUAAACAGCUGGAAGAACCAGCUGUCAAGAAACUCAAAGAUACAGGAGAUGCUGUUAGGAAAGCUUUCAUACAGCUGGCCCAAAGUAGCUUCACUGGAUUUCCCAACCUUCUGAAAACAGCCAAGGCAAAGAUCGAAGCCAUUAAGCAAGAAAAGGAGUCCGCUGCAGAGUCCACGCUGAGAACUCAGUUCAAGAUGGAGCUGAUCGUUUACUCUCAGGACAGGACCUACAGCAGCAGUUUGAGUGAGAACAGAGAGGAGGAGGAGGAAGAGGAGAGGAGAGACAAAUCGAAACGCCCACAAUUUCAAAAAAAGAGUAUUGUGUACAGCAUGGAUAAUCAUGCAACACUCCAGGAGCUGAUGUUGCACCUUAAAUCAUAUUACAAAAUUGCCAGCCAGCGUCUGGCUGACCAGAUCCCAAUGGUGAUCCGUUACCAGAUGCUGCAAGAGUCUGCUGUCCAACUGCAGAGAGAGAUGCUGCAGGUGCUUCAGGACAAGGAGAAUAUGGAGUUCUUACUGAAGGAGGAUUUUGACACUGGCAACAAAAGGGCUUCUUUGCAGAGUCGCCUCAAGCGUCUCCAGAGGGCCCGUGCAUACCUGGUGGAGUUCUAGUGGUCAAUGCCUAACAGUAUGACUUGCUGUGCUGCUUUCAUUUGCCAAAAACAGUACAAUCAUGGGUUAUAGGAUUGUUGUAUUAUUAUUUUUCACUGUGUCCAAUGUUGAAUGGGCAGAUAUGCCGUAGAUGAAACCACUGAGACAGAAUGGGGCCUUGAUUCCUUUUACUAUUUGCAUCUAAACUAUAUUUACCAUUUACCUGUAUGCUUUUUUUCCACAUCAUUUCCAUUUUACUUUCAUGAAUAAUAAUAAUAAAAUAAAAUUCACUGUAUUUACAGAUCAUGUCUCUGCCCGAUCACAAGUAUGUGAGUUUGAAAUUAAGGUUAUUGGUAUUUGAUAUUACUCCAUUUCCUAAUUGUACAUAUUUCAUGGGGUGUAAUUGCUGUGAUGCAGUUGGUCAUUCACAAUGACCUCAGUCUCCUAUAAUAUCAAUCCCCUCGUCGCACUCUGGUGUUGUUCAUUCUCAUGAAGUUUCAUGUCUUCUACCUUAUCCUCUCCCUCUGCCACAUUCACAUUAAAGCACAUGUGAUUUUUUUUCUUUUUAGGACAAACUGCAGUAAUUUGUUUGUUCCAACCAGGGCUGGAUUAGCCUACCUAUGAGACCAUGGGGCAAAAAUGAGCCAUGGGCACCUACUGAUUAGGAUUUUGUAACUUUAUUAAGCACAGAUUUAUUCAGGAAAAUGCACCAUGUAAGAUCAGGUAAUAAUUCUACUGUUAAACUAAUUUAUAAUUCAUUAAAUUGUCAUAAAAUAGUUGCCACAUGAACCUGGAGACUUUGCGCAGUUGGUAAUCCUUCUCUGGCUCAAACCAUUUGCACACAGUAAAAUAUUGUUUUCAUAGAAUCCAUGAUUUACACUGAGUCAAAAUGAGAACAGUUAAGUAUGUUUUAACUCCAAAACACCUGCAGGCAGUUUAGAUUCUCCAGUUCACCUGAUCAGCCCAUGCUAACCACCAUGCCACCUGUGUAUAUCAAUCCCUGAAAUAGGACAGUCAUAUAAUGCAUCACAUUCCUGGAUAACCACCCAGGACUGCAUAUUAUGUCACUGUAAGAAGAAUGUUUGAUGAAACUAACUUAAACUAAAUUAUAAAGUAUACCUUUUUGGAAAGUGAAA